ACAGAUGUUGAAACAGUCAGACAACUCGAGGCAGCCGCUCUCCUUUCCUUUCAUGGAACUUUUUGCAGUAUGUGAAACCCAGGUAGAAGUGAGCAAAAGAUGGUCGUAGUGUAGAGGGACUGGGAAGUGGGAAGAGCUUCAUCAUUCAUUGCCGAGUUUCUCAAUGGAUACAGAGGAUUCGUCGAUCACCAACCAAGUUUUUCCAAUGGAGGCAUUCAAUCAUGGUGCAUGGUGGGGAGCAAGGAGCGUCAGAAUCCAAGAAGGAAGGGUUAUUGUGGAUUUUGAUAAUCAAAACCUUUGCAGUCAGGAAACGUCCCUUGAUAAGCUCAGGUGGAGGUCAAGGAAAGCAACGCCAUCCGACUGUGGCUAUUUCUUAAAACCUGGGGUAGAAGUUGCUGUAUUAUCAUCAUCUCCCAGUGCCAUUUCCAAGGGAGACCACAACUUGGCAUUGCGUGAUGCUAAAAUUAUUUGUGUAAAGAGAGAGCCACAUCAAGAUCAAUGCACAUGCAGUUACUUUGUGAAUUUCCGUAAAACUCAAGAUCGACCUACAAGGCAUGGUGUAUAUGCAAGAAAUAAAGUAAUGCAAUCAGUCAGUGAUUUUUUUAUACUGCAAAAAUUGCGUACAAGACCAUGUAAAGUGGAAAGGUUGCAAAGAGAGCAUUUUGAAGAUUGUCAUUCACUGUGUAUCAGUAAACUGACAAGUGGAAAUUGGCGAGCUGAGAUUUCAUGGUUAGUUGUAAUUUCUAUUCUGAGAGGUCUAGAUUUUGAUCUGAAGCUUAAAAAAAACAAAACAAUAUAUGUGAUAUCAAACAAAUUUAAGGGCUCAUAUGAUGGUAGGAGUGUAAUGGCUAUUAGUUUCGAAUGGUGUAGUGGGAUUCUGAAACCGAAAUUUGAGCCAUUUGAUGAAGAUGCAUUGGCAAUGGCAAUCAUUCCAGUGGAUGUCGACUCUGUUGAUAAGGGAGAGAGAUAUGUAUCACAUUAUAAUGUUAUUGGCCCAAGACGAUCUCAGCGCCAACGGAAAUGCCCAGACCGCUUUGUGAGCUAUGGUUUUGAGUCUGUUUAUGAUAAUCAGAAACAUGAAGAAGCCGGUUGCUUGAAUGAAGAAGAAGAAGAAGAAGCCGAAGAAGAAACUCUUCAUCAAAUUCUUGGCCGUCUGUAUAUUAAGAAUAGGAACAAGAGAAAGCAUACAGAUUGUGUUGUUUUUGAAGAUGACGGAGGGGGAAAAAGUUUCUACCAAAGUAAGUUAAGUAACAGAAACCUGGAAGCAAUACCUCAAAUUCUUGAGGGAGGAAUAUGUGUAGAAGUCUCUUUUCCAGAAGAAAAUACUCACAUGACUAAUAAUAAGUUGGUCAGUUUCUCUAACUUCAUGGAGUUGAAACAGUCUGAAGGUCAAACUAUGGUGCCAGAACAUCUUCUGAUCUGUGACAUUGGGUCUACUCAUAAUAUUGACCAUAGAAUAUCUUGCUACCUAAAUGAGAACAAACUGCCUGCUGAAGCUGAUGAGUACAUUAUCAAGGAAAACUGGAAACGAAGAAGACACAUACAUAAUGAUGUUUUUAUGGGUAGAGAUCUUAAGCAACAUAAUGAAGAUGACCAUGCUUCUGUACCUGACAGCUUCACAUCCAUGAUGGAGAAUUUCCCAGGUUCUAAAAAUGCUCAUAACCAGAAGGUCAUAGAAGCUGCAUCCGAGGACCACAACUUCUACAAGAUCCCAAAGCAUCAGAAAAAAACAAAAUCAACCAAAGAAGGAAAAGUAAAUGUGAAGUUUUCACACAGGUCACAAAUCCAAGGUGGAAAAAGUUCUAGCCCAAAGCUUUCAGACGGCAAAUCACAGACUGUUCAAGGAAAAAUUACAUAUGUUGGUGCAGCCAACAGUUCCUCUAUGAAGAAACAAGGAAAGCCAUACACGUCACAUGGAAGACAAGCAUAUAGUUCUAUAGUUAGAAAUAAUUAUUUCAAUAAAGGAAUGUCCAAAAAUCUUUUUCACUUGCAGUGCAAUAAACGAUUAGAAGUGCUUCGGCAGGUCAUUGACUGUGAGCAAAGAAUGCUGCCACUGCCUGUUAGUGCUCGGUGGGAAAUGAUGAAAAGAUCAAAGCAAAGAAAUGUUUCCAUAAAUGUUCUCCAGUGGUCUCCACCCACUGAAGUUGAGAACACCGACUCUGACCUUGAUAGUUUGUGGGAAGAGUUGGAACAUAUCUCAUUACAUGUUCCACACUCUCCAAUCAAUGAGGAGUCAGGCACAGAAUUCUUGGAUAUUGUAAGGGAGGGUUCAAUACCAAGUUGUGAACACAAAUAUGUUCUGGAUGAAGAAAUUGGGAUCAUAUGUGAACAUUGCAAGUUUGUAAAGCUGGAGAUUGGCUAUACUUUGCCACCUUUUAACUCUUGUUUAAAUCUGAGCGAGGACUUAACUGGUAAAGAAUGGAAUAUGAACAGGCUUUCUGAAUUAGAUGAAGACCUGCCCGGGAAGUUUAACUUAAGAAACAUAACUAAUAAUUCAGCCAGAUCUGAAGAUGUUUGGUCCCUGAUACCAGACAUGAGAAGCAAGCUUCAUGUCCAUCAAAAGAAAGCUUUUGAGUUUAUAUGGAAAAAUAUUGCUGGAUCGGUUGAGAUAGGAGAGAUGGAUCAUACAUCCGGCAGGGCAGGUGGUUGUAUAAUCUCACACUCUCCCGGGACUGGGAAGACACUUCUUGUUAUAGCGUUUCUUAAAAGCUACCUCAGUUUGUUUCCAGGGAACAGGCCCCUAGUAUUAGUUCCAAAGGUUACACUCUAUACUUGGACAAGGGAGUUUGAGAAAUGGGAUAUGUCAGUUCCCGUAUAUGAACUCUAUGCAACCCGUGAUUAUCAGGUUAUGAAAUCCAGGAAAGGUGAAGCAUCAAAUGGUUUGCUCGGUGGUCUAAAGCUGCCUGUUGGCAUGAAGCGGAUCAUGGAUUGCCUUGAGAAACUGUGCAAAUGGCAUGAAAGCCCGAGCAUAUUAUUAAUGAGUUACUCAUGUUUUUCCUCUUUUACAAGUCCGAGAAAGUCAGACAAUGAUUUGACUCGAAAGAUAGCAGGAUUGCUAUGCAGAAGACCUGGGAUUCUAAUCCUUGACGAGGGACAUAAGCCAAGGAGCAUCGAGUCAAUAUUGAGGAAAACCCUGAUGAAUGUCACUACAAAUCUGAGAAUUCUGCUUUCAGGCACUCUAUUCCAGAACAACUUUGAAGAGUACUUCAAUUCUCUUUGCUUAGCAAGGCCAGCAUUCAUCCAGGAGGUUCUCAAUGAAUUCCAACCAGCCAUAUCAGUGAGCAAAUCGGUUAGGAGACCAAGUGCAAGAGAGAGAAGAAAUACGGCAAAAGAGAAGCUUGCGAGAAGCAUCUUCAUAGAAGAAAUUGCUAGCCGAAUUAACUCAGAAGAAGAAGAAGACAGGAAGAAUGGCCUGGAGAAAUUGCACAGAAUGACUGAUGGCUUUAUAGAUGUGUAUGAGGGCCGGCUUCUAGAUAGUCUUCCAGGAUUACACACUUACACAAUCUUGCUGAAGCCAACACUUCUGCAACAGAAAAUAUUGAGCAAACUUGAGACUCUGAAAAACAAGUUGUCCCUUGAGAUUGAGCCAAUGAUCACAAGUGCGGCAAUACAUGUUUGGCUGGUCAAAACAAUAUCCAACUCCGGUAAGUUUUUCAGUAGGAGAGACCUUGACAUUGACAAAUAUAAGACUGAUAUCAACCACGGAUCGAAAAUAAGAUUUAUCGUUGAUCUUCUUAAGCUAUGCGUUCAUGAGAAAGAGAAGGCCUUGAUAUUUUGCAGGUACAUUCCUCCAAUAUACCUUCUCGUUGAGAUUUUUUCGAAGAUUUUCCGAUGGGAAAUCGGUAAAGAGGUACUGGUGCUUCAAGGCAAUCAGGACACCGUCGAACGUUCCAUAAUAAUGGAUAAGUUCAGUGACCGUGAGGGUUGUUGCCACGUAUUGCUUGCAUCCACAACUGCAUGCUCUGAAGGCAUCAAUCUGACUGCUGCGUCGCGGCUUGUUCUAUUGGAUUCAGAAUGGAAUCCUUCUAAAACGAAGCAAGCUAUUGCAAGAGCAUUUCGAUUGGGCCAAGAGAAGAUCGUGUAUGUCUACCGCCUGCUUGCAGCAGGAACACUUGAAGAAGAGAAGCAUGAAAGAACUGCCUGGAAAGAGCUGCUGUCGAGAAUGGUUUUUCGUUGUGAAGAUAUCAGCGGAUCUUCUUACAAGCAAACUAAGCACAUUGAAGAUGAUAUGCUAAGAGAGCUGGUGGAGCAUGAUCACGCCAAGAUGUUCCAUUCUAUAAUGAAGCAUGACAACUUGGUUGAAAAUACUGAUCACGUCGCAUUCUGAUCAUCCCCGUAUAAAUUUUUGCUUUUUUAUUUUUCUGCCUUGGUAUACCAUAUUUUAUCUGCGGUAUCAGAGGGACAACUUGGAAGAUGCUCACUCUCUUGGUGGCAUCAAGGAAACCACAAUUACCAAGACCGAUUCUAUAUAAAUAUUGAAAUUUCUUAAUUAA